ACGCCUCUUGUUAUAUAAACCAACACCAUUUCCCUACUUCUCAUCUUUACAUGCAUUUGUUAAUUAACAUAUCUCUUCAGGUUCAGACCAAAACAUGGCAACGAAUGGUUUGUCCGAGAUGGCUGCAGCUAUUCUUCUCCUAGUCAUGGCCAUCGUCCCAGCGACAGUCGCUGUGACUUACACUGUGGGAGACGAAAGUCAAUGGGCCAGCGGUGUGGACUACACAGCGUGGGUAAUCGGAAAGACUUUCAGGGUUGGUGAUACUCUAGAGUUCAAGUACGGUCCUUCACACUCAGUAGAUGUGGUAAACAAAGCCGGAUAUGAUGACUGCGACGGCUCCUCUGCGUCUGAGAAUUUCUCCGACGGGGACACCAAGAUCGAACUCAAGACGGUAGGAACAAAGUACUUUGUCUGUCCUACACCUGGCCACUGUAUCAGUGGCAUGAAGCUCGCCAUCCCAGUCAUAGCCGCCGCUUCUUCUCCUCCCACUCCAACCUCACCGUCGCCCUCACUUUCUGCCGCUCCUCCUCCCAUCUCAAAAGAGGAUUCGCAGCCAUCUGAUGGAACACACGUAGCCGAUUCAGUCACGCCGCCCCCACCGCCUCCGUCUCCACCUCCACCUCCACCUUCAUCAAGUGGUGCAUCUAGCGGACUAGUGAGUUACGUAAUGGUUGGGAUGUCGCUGGUGUUGGCUUGUAAUAAUGUGUUAAUUUUGUUGGGUUAGAACAACGACCGUGGAAUCUGUGCUUCUGGUUUCUUUAAAAGAGGAUCGUCAGCCCUUCUUCUUUUUCACCUCUAUAACAAUAAUAUUUGUUCACUUCUAUAACAAUAAUAUUUAUAUUUUCCUUCUUCUUCCGUGUGGUGCCAGCCGAUUAUAAUUUAUAAGUGCAUUGGAUGUUCUCGUUCUCAUCUAAAUAUAUAUUACGCGUUUGGAAUUCGUAU